UUGAAUAUUGGAAUAUCCCCAGACGUUUCACACCAAUAGUCAUUAGGUGUUUGGUGACAGCUGCUACUUUUUGAUCAUUCGAAUGUUAUACAUUAGUUCAUAAAAAAGUAAAUGACCAGUUUUCUUGUUAAAUAUUGGAAACUGGCAUCACAGAACGUUUUCCUACGGAGCUUGGAGAAUCCUGAACGCUCCUGAUUAUGCGUUAAACCCUGACUGAGCAUAGAUUAUUACAAAUACAGAGUUUUCUUUAGAUCUUUUUUUCCCCCAUGAAUGCACCGUGAAAUUCAUUCUGAAAUUAUGAAACACUGUUCAUUUAGUCUAGUUGUGGUUGAAUCGAGGAUACUGCUUACCUCUGGUUAAGCUUUCCCUCCUGAAUAAAUACUUGAGUUCUUUCUGGGAGAGUCUUACUACUUUUGUUAAAGUUGAAAAAUGAGAUAAUGGAGAAUCACUGACAUUUUGGAAAUGGAGUGGUGUCAGAAGUGGCCUCUGCCUCAUAGAAGCCCUUCCUUUCUAUAGUUUCCUGCCAAGCAUUCUUCCUUUCUUAGGACACAUUUUCCCUAAGGCUUAUUUGACCUGUCAUCAGACUUCUUCACUGCUGUCUUUUAAACUCUCCUUAAUAGAAAAGAUACGUUUAAACACUGUGUUCUAGUGUAUCUGGUUCAGGCACUAAAAAUUGAUUUUUUAAGCAUUAUAAACAAGUGGAAAGUAAUUGAUUUGUUUGUAAAAACUGUAAGCUUUGACACUGUUACCAUAAAAGUUACCUCUAAAAGUUAUAAAAGUGGAACUGCAGGAGAAUGCUUUCCUGUGAUUUUUUUUUAAUCAUUUAGUCUCAUGUGUAUAUUUUACUUAAGAAAUGGUUGGCUCAGAGAAAGGGAAUUAUUAAAAAUUGUACUUAGAAACCACUUUUUCUGUUUAUAUGUAGGUGACAGAGCAGGUGCAUCUGUACAACUAACGAGGCGGCCAACUCUUCAGUUAGUUAGGUUAAUAGGUUUUAUGUAUAUUCCCUUUUUCAGUAAAUGGGGAGUUCUAGGAAGCCAAGAAAAUUGACCUCAUAGUAAGCACUGUUCUGAUUUGAGGAGUGGAUUUGUGGGGUUUUGCUUUGUUUUUUUACUUUUUGUCUCACUCUAGCCUGGCCUGGGAUUCAAUGUAGCCUAAGCUGGUCUCAAACUAAGGCAUCCUCCUGCCUUAGCCUUCUGAUUGCAGGGAUUGCAGGUGUAAAGCCACCAGAUUUAGCAUGAAAGACAGGGUUUUUAAGAAAAAAAAGUUUGGAUAGUAAGCCUUUGAGAAAUGAGGACUCAAUAUUGACACCUGGAUUACAAGAUUACAAGGCAGAUGGGUUGGUGGGUGAACAACUGUGGAGACAUGAGAUUCGAGUUCAAAUCCUUGAGCCCUUGUAAAGCCAGGAUGGUAGUACACAUCAGUCAUCUUAGUGUUCCUGUGGAGAGAUGGAGGUGGGAGAAUCCACCAGAAGCCUGUAGUCCAGCGAACCUGCUGUACAUGCUGUCAAAACGUCAAAAUUGAGACCCUGUCGCAAACAAGGUGGCCCACAUCGGACUGUUCAGCCUUUCAGUGAUGAAGACGCAUCCAUCGAAACAAUGAGUCACUGCAGUGGCUACAGCGAUCCUUCCAGUUUCGCCGAGGAUGGUUACAGUGUUGGUUUCUAUUCCGUAGGACCAGAAGUCCUUGAUGAGGAAGGAACUCAAGAAGACUUAGAGUACAAAUUGAAGGGAUUAAUUGACCUAACCCUUGAUAAGAGUGCAAAGACAAGACAGGCAGCUCUUGAAGGUGUUAAAAAUGCACUGUCUUCAAAAGUGCUGUAUGAAUUUGUUCUGGAGAGAAGGAUGACUUUGACUGAUAGCAUUGAGCGCUGUCUGAAAAAAGGAAAGAGUGACGAGCAGCGUGCAGCUGCAGCACUGGCAUCUGUUCUUUGUGUUCAGUUGGGCCCUGGAUUUGAGAGUGAAGAGAUUUUAAAGACUCUGGGACCAAUCCUAAAAAAAAUCAUUGGUGAUGGAACAGCUAGUAUCCAGGCUAGGCAAACUUGUGCAACUUGCUUUGGGGUUUGCUGUUUUAUUGCCACGGAUGACAUCACUGAGCUGUAUUCAACUUUGGAAUGCUUGGAAGCUAUCUUCACCAAGUCCUAUCUUAAGGAGAAAGAUGCUAAUGUUAUCUGCAGCAGCCCUAACACAGGGCUUUACAUCAGCUCCCUUCUGGCAUGGACCCUAUUACUGACCAUAUGCCCAAUCAGUGAAGUGAAGAAAAAGCUGGAACUGCAUUUCCAUAAACUUCCAAGCCUCCUUUCUUGUGAUGAUGUAAACAUGAGAAUUGCUGCUGGCGAAUCUUUGGCACUUCUGUUUGAGUUGGCCAGAGGAAUGGAUAGUGACUUUUUUUAUGAAGACAUGGAGUCUUUGACCCAGAUGCUCCGGGCUCUGGCUACAGAUGGCAAUAAGCACCGUGCCAAAGUGGACAAGAGGAAGCAGCGGUCCGUCUUCAGAGACGUCCUGCGUGCUGUGGAGGAACGGGAUUUUCCAACAGAAACUGUUAAGUUUGGUCCUGAACGCAUGUAUAUUGAUAGCUGGGUCAAAAAACAUACCUAUGACACCUUUAAGGAGGUUCUUGGAUCAGGGAUGCAGUACCACUUGCAGACAAAUGAAUUCCUUCGCAAUGUAUUUGAACUUGGACCUCCUGUAAUGCUUGAUGCUGCAACACUCAAGACCAUGAAGAUUUCUCGUUUUGAAAGGCAUUUAUAUAACUCUGCAGCUUUCAAAGCUCGAACAAAAGCUCGAAGCAAAUGCCGAGAUAAGAGAGCAGAUGUUGGAGAAUUCUUCUAGAUGUCUGCAUUUGAUGGCUGUUUUCUAAUUUCUUCCUUUAUUAUUAUUUUUGCUACUUAUAAUGUAUAUAAACUUUUAGAGAGUUUUUUUAUCUUGAGGUCAACUUAGAUAAUUUUUGAUGUAGGGGUGGAUUAUAUUUUAAUUUAAUGUACAGUGUUACAAAUUAAUGAAUUCUGUUUAUUAAAUAUUCUCUGUAAAAAUAAUUGGUAGUCACAAAUAAAGUAUUUAUGAUGAUUGGUCA